AUGGGGAACUGGAUUAUCAACAAUGGACUCACGUCCUUCAUACUGGUGAUAUGGAUGGGCAUCAAUAUUUUUCUGUUCGUCUGGUUUUAUUUGUUCUACGACUUGGGGGAUCAGUUCUUCUACACGCGUCAUCUUCUAGGGUCUGCUUUGGCGUGGGCCAGGGCCCCUGCAGCCGUCCUCAACUUCAACUGCAUGUUGAUCCUCCUGCCCGUGUGCCGAAACCUGCUGUCUCUGAUCCGGGGCUCCUUCAUGUGUUGCGGUCGAACAAUGAGGAAACAGCUGGACAAAAAUCUGAGUUUCCACAAACUGGUUGCCUACAUGAUUGGCCUGAUGACAGCUGUUCACACGAUUGCCCAUUUACUCAACGUGGAGUGGUACAACAACAGCCGACGUGGCGUCUAUGGUGGCCUCAGCACAGCCCUGUCUAACCUGUCGGACACGGACAGCACCACCUACCUGAACCCCCUCCGCAUAACGGACAUCGAUGCCCAGCAGGCUCCAACCUACAUCGUCUUCACCACCAUCGCUGGUCUCACGGGGGUCAUCAUCACCCUGGCCCUCAUUCUCAUCAUUACCUCCUCCAUGAACUUCAUUAGGCGCAACUACUUUGAGGUCUUCUGGUACACACACCACCUCUUCAUUAUCUUCUUCGCGGGUCUGGUCUUUCAUGGAGCAGGGCGCAUUGUGCGGAGUCAAACGGUAACAGACCCACCGCACAAUUUCACCAUCUGUAAGGAUCGAUUUGAGGAGUGGGGAAGGAUCCCCGAGUGUCCCAUCCCUCAGUUUGCCGGGGGCUUCCCACAGACCUGGAUGUGGGUGAUUGGCCCUAUGGUCCUAUAUUUGUGUGAGCGCCUUGUGCGUUUCAUUCGUUACAUGCAGCAGGUCACAUACAGAAAGAUUGUGAUGCGGCCGUCUAAGGUGCUGGAGCUGCAGCUGGUUAAGAAAGGUUUCAAAAUGGAGGUUGGGCAAUAUGUCUUCCUCAACUGCCCGAGCAUCUCCCAACUUGAGUGGCACCCCUUCACCAUGACCUCUGCCCCCGAGGAAGACUUCUUCAGUGUCCACAUUCGCUUAGCUGGGGACUGGACCCAGGAACUCAUCAGUAUGGUAGAGACGCUGCCAGAGGGGGCACAGGGACCCAAAAUGGGAGUGGAUGGUCCCUUCGGCACAGCGAGUGAAGACGUGUUUGACUAUGAGGUCAGCAUGCUGGUUGGUGCUGGCAUCGGAGUCACACCAUUUGCCUCCAUCCUCAAGUCCAUCUGGUACAAAUUCAAGGACUCCAACCCAAGGCUACGCACUCGGAAGAUCUAUUUCUACUGGUUGUGCCGUGAGACACACGCCUUUGAGUGGUUCGCCGAUCUCCUACAGGUGCUGGAGAAGGAGAUGGAGGAGAGAGGCAUGGGGGAUUUCCUCACCUACAAAUUGUUUCUUACAGGCUGGGAUCAGAGUCAUGCUACUCAUGUAAUGGUUCAUUUUGAUGAGGAUACUGACGUGGUGACUGGUCUCAGGCAAAAAACCCAUUAUGGCAGGCCCAACUGGGACAAAGAGUUUGAACAAGUCCGCAAAGAGAACCCCACCGCUGUGGUGGGGACCUUCCUGUGUGGCCCUGAAAGCUUAGCUGAGGUGUUAGGCAAGAAGUGUGCCAAAUACUCUGAUGUCGAUCCCCGGAAGACCAAAUUCUACUUCAACAAAGAGAAUUUCUGAGCAGAGGAAUGAGAAAGCACAUUGGGCUUUUCUUUUUAAAAGGACUAGAUUGCUCUUCAACCUUUUAAAAUGUUUGAGAGAAAAGAUUCUUUCACCAUGCUUCAGUGGAAAACAGUUCACGACGCUAAUGCUUUGGAACAGAUCUGUCUGCUCUGGAUGGGCAUGUGUCAACUACUUUUGAGUCUACCUCUUUCAUCCAUCUUGUCAAGCAAACAGAAACGCCCCACCUCGCCUUCUUUGUUGGGGCUAUGUGAGGCACAGCAGCACUGCUCAGAGGCUGGUUAUUACUCUUCCUGUUUCCCAUGAUGGUUCACUUGCUUAGGGGGAAAUUACAAUUAUAGAACGUAUCUUCUUCAGAAUGCAUACAACCCGGGUUGUACGCAUUCUGAAGAAGGCUGUUUGACAUCACUCACUUAAAGGUAUACUCUGUGUGAUCAUCUCACACACUACCUGUUAUGCCUGAGAUUUGGAAAGGUGUAAGGUUAGAGGGAAGAAUUUUUACAUUACUGAUAUACAAAAAAAGAUAACAGGGGGAAGGAUGACAACAGUGUGGGUAUAACAUAGGUUUUCAUGUUGUUACUGACUAUAUCUUUACAUAGCCGACUGUUGAACCCAUAAAGCCAUUUUACAGAAUGAAUGAAAACAUUUUUCAUCCUAGUGGUUAUAGUGAUUUCUUUCGACUAAAGCAACGCUUGAACAAAGCACUGCACACCAUGUUUGAACUUAUUCACAAAUGUUUUCUUCAAGUUAAAAAUGGGUCUUGAUUGAAUGCACUGUAGAUACUAUGAAUAACUAUGUACUGAAAAUAAAGUGGACCAAUAAUUUUAAGUGUUUUUCUCUCCUUCCGUAAUGUCUACAAAUCUACAUUUCCUUUCAAUAGGUGCUACUUAAGGAGGAAAUGCAUUUCUUGGAAAGCAAGAAUUUCCAGUCAUAAGAUAGUUCCUUAUAAUGACAAAGAAACCAGGCCGAAUCAGGUCAGUCGUUCACAUAACCCAUUAUGAGUCACCUUGUGAAGACCUGGGCAUGUGCCUUCAGUAAUUAACAAUCCAAAAUGGGAUUUGUUGUACUCUAAAAGACAAAGGACACACGCACACGUUUCUGGUUAGUUAGCCGAUAAGACCUCUUCUGAGGUUGAGGCUGGGUGGAGUUAUGUACGGCACAAGGUUCUCAAAAGAACCAACAGAGUAAGCUGUCCCGUCUAACGAGUGCAACAAACCCAACACAGUAGAGUCAGA